UCGGAGGGGAUGCCGCUGCUGCCGCAGAGAUGGAGUUGAAUCACAGAAACAACAAAGUGUCGGAGAGAGUUUAGACAGAAGAAGGAGAAGAAGGAGCGGGUAGCGGUGGUUCUAGCCGCCGGAUGUGUUUGUUGACUGUAAAGAGAAAGAGAGGAGCUAUCUGUAGACAGGAUGAAGCUGCUGAAGCCGAGCUGGGUCAGCCACAACGGCAAACCCAUAUUUUCAGUUGACAUCCACCCUGAUGGGACGAAAUUUGCAACCGGCGGGCAAGGAGAGGAUUCUGGUAAGGUGAUGAUCUGGAACAUGGCGCCGGUCCUCAGAGAGGAGGACGAGAAGAACGAGAAUAUUCCCAAAAUGCUUUGCCAGAUGGACAAUCACCUCGCAUGUGUGAACUGUGUGCGCUGGUCCAACAACGGGCUUUACCUGGCAUCAGGAGGGGACGACAAGCUGGUCAUGGUCUGGAAGAGAGCUGCGUUCAUCGGUCCCAGCACAGUGUUCGGGUCGAGCAGUAAGCUGGCCAACGUGGAGCAGUGGAGGUGUGUCACCAUCCUCAGAAACCACACUGGAGGUGAGAGCCACACACACACACUAACAGGAUGAAUGAAGCAUCUAUCUGUGUGUGAUGAACACACUCCAGACUAACUCCUCUAACGAGGAGCACUGCUGAUCCUAACUGGAAGUUUUUAGGGCCACAAGCAGAACAUUUAGGGUCACACCUUAAAUCGACCUGCAC